UUUAAGCUUUCUACACAUCUUAUUCUCUUCUUUUCAAUCUCUCUAUAUUUUCUAAGUUAAUACCAUGAUCAGCUCCAAGAAGCUCAUCAAGCUUGUAAGAAGAUGGCAGAAAUUUGCCGCUAUCCGAAGAAAGAGGAUUUCAUUCCCGAGAGAAAAUGAUGACGCAGACAGCUGUAGUACUUCCUCUGCAGUCAACAAUGGUCAUUUUGCUAUCUACACAGCUGAUCAGAAGAGGUUUGUUGUCCCUGUAUCUUAUCUCGAGAAUGAGAUUAUUAGGCAACUCUUAAACUUGUCUGAAGAAGAAUUUGGACUUCCAAGCGAUGGGCCUAUUACACUACCUUGUGAUGCAGUCUUCAUGAACUACAUCAUUUCACUUCUUAGCCGAGGUUUAUCCAGAGAACUCGAGAAUGCAUUGCUCGUCUCUGUUGCAUCAUAUCAGUGUUCAUCCGCUUCACUGCACCAGGAAGGCUUGAGAACUCGGGAAUUGCUAGUUUACUGACAUUAAUGUCAACAAGUUUUGUAAAUGAGGAUAAAUGGCCUUACUUAGUUACUUUACAAAAGACCAUUGUUUUUGCAUCUACUUUUAAAAUGAACUUCUCUACUUAUUCCAAUAAUAACCAUACUUGUAAAUACGAACGAAUUCCGAAUUUAGUCCAUAGACUGACUUCUCCAGUUAUUCAUUCUCUCGUGC